AUGGGAGGGAGGGUGUGGGAGGAAACCGGGCCCCCGCCCAGGAGCCCUGGGCCGCAGGGGGAGACCGCAGUCUGCCGCGUCCAAAGCCUAAUUUUCACAGAUGGAAACUGCGGCCCAGAGAGGCGGAGGAGACUGCCGGGGUCACACGAGGAGGGGGCUCUACCGGGACCCGACGCCGGGCCUCCCGACCCCGGCCAAUGCUGUGCACAGCCACGGGAGCGUCGUGGGAGGAGGCAAGGGCCGUUCCCCGUCGUCUCUGAGUGCGGAGCCUUUUCCCCAGCCCGAAACCUCAGAAGUGACCACGCCGCCCCAGGCCAGAGCUGGUGCCCCGGGCCCAAUCCCGAAAAGGUCGCCCGGAGACCCCGCGCGUCUCUGCGUGGAGGAGGGCGAAGGCGUGCGGAGAGAUGGCCACAUGCCUUGAGACCCCGAGACUCUGGAGAGCGUGAGUCCACGCUGGGGACCCCAGGGGGACAGAAACUUGGAGGCACAGUCGGAAGGUCUCAGGCCGCGGGAAGUUGCUCCGGGCCGGGUCCCUUGCACUCAGCCAGCGUCCACACUCUGCCCGGGGUAAAGGGAGGACCGGACUCCCGCCGCCCAGGGCCUUUCCGGAGGGAGGGGAAACAAAAAGUUGAGGAAAGUGGGAGGCGAACCCCGGACCCUAGUUCUGCUCACCUGGUGCCGCCGCGCCCAGGAGGGUCCCGGUCCGAGUCAGCGCGCCGCGGGUCGCGCGGCACUGCCGCGGUCUCCACCGAAUCUUGGCCCCCCCGGCCCCGCCCCCUACUCGGGCUCCGCCCAGCGCCGCCCAGGCCCCGCCCCCCAGGAGCCCCGGGGACUGGCUGGCUAGCACCCCGCCAGGCCCCACCGCGGGAAGAAGGCAGCCGCUCAGGUCUGAGGGUCGCAGGAAUGCCUUCCACCCCCACCUCUCUAGAGGUUCAGCCUAAGUGCUAGCUCAAGAGAUCUCUGAACUGAGAUGAAGUUAUAACUCCCUCCUCCGAGUGCCCGCUUUGCUCGGACGCCUCAGUAGUCCUUUAGGGGCCGAGACCAGAUUGGAAAGCACCGUGCCUCUGGUCCUUUCUUCAGGGCCA